UUGUCAUCCCGCUGACGGGUAACAGGCUCGAUAAAAUGCGCCAUUUGUGCCGAUGAUAUGCUGGAUCGAGUGCGGUUCACUGACGCGUUUGCAGAAAUUGUAUUCUGAGGGGAAGACUAAUUUCGCGUCGCGAAUGACUAAACCUUUAUGUCCAAUAGCAUCUCUGUAAUUAGCGUGUAGAUAGAUUCCGACUUCUCUAGCCCAGCACAUCCUGUGCCCCAGUAGGGGACUUUCGGGGCCGAUGGCCCCCCGGACGAAAAAUACACAUAACGUUUGCUUCUAUCCGCUCGUAUUGUACAUAGGCUUGCCGCUGCUCUUCCAGAGUCGGGCUUGCGCCGGCAUAGACCAGGAGAGGUUGCUCCCUCAGCGCAAAGCACAGGUCCCACGCAUUUUGAAGGUCCGCAAGAGUCCUCCCUCUUUGAAUGACCUCUCGCAGGCUAGGUGGCAACCAAGACAGCUCAGUCGGCUGCUGUGUGUAAUCCGAGUCGACCUUAUUCGACCUUGUUCGCCUCAGACGAGGAACAUCGCGCUGCAGGUCAUGCUUAUCCCCUACCUAUUCUUGCGCUUGAAGGGGUGGGCUAUUGGGUUCGGUAGUCGGUCGAUAGCAAGGCGUUUGCUCGCGCGACGAUAAUGGCCUCGGAUCGAUGGCUUCGGGUGGUGUUGGCGCUGGGGUCGAGUAACCGACUGGUACUGAUGCUGGCUGGAAUGUCGGGGCUAGGUCAGUGCGGAUUCGAGGAUCAGUCUUGUU